CCUUUCCGCUGUUCUUUCGGUUCGCUUUCGUUAUCUGCGCCUCGGCUGCCUGGGGUUCGUUUACGAAAUUGCAACAGGCAACGAUUUGAAGAUGGGUGUGAUAUUGACAUGAUAUCUACGUUUCGUUAUUGUGACGUAGCCCUCUAGCACACCUGUGAUAUGACCGCCACGCUACUCGCCGCAAGCCGUUUACGAUGAAGCAGCCAGCGCCGCCGCCUGAGCGAAAGCAGAUGGCGAACAUUCUCAAGUACACGUCGCUACUUUUCAUCGUGAUCCAGACAACGACGUUGGUGCUUCUGCUGCGCUAUUCACGCACGCAAGCGGUACAAGGUCCGCGUUACCUGUCGAGCUCGGCAGUUGUGUGCGCGGAAUUUCUCAAGAUUAUCACGUGCGUGGCAGUGCUGCUGUGGAACAACGGUUUCUCUGUCCCAGCACUGGUGCUGCAGCUUCGAAACGAAGUGUGGAGGCAGCCAUUUGAAACCUCCAAAAUGCUGGUGCCUGCAGGCCUUUACACCAUCCAAAACAAUCUGCUGUUCUACGCACUCUCGCUCCUGGACGCUGCCACCUACCAGGUAACCUACCAGCUGAAGAUACUUACUACAGCCAUGUUUAGUGUGUGGAUGUUAAAGCGCCGAAUAUCAAAGCAGCAGUGGUUCUCGCUUGUACUUCUCAUUGUUGGAGUUGCACUUGUUCAGAUGCCAACGGGAAAAUCACCAGAGACUGACCUCAAGCAGGGACCUUACCAGUUUCUGGGCCUCUUGGCUGUGCUUGCAUCGUGUCUGUCCAGUGGCUUCAGCGGCAUCUACUUAGAGAAGCUGCUCAAAGAGAUUACAUGGUCAUUGUGGAUACGAAAUAUCCAACUUGCAAUCUUCGGAUUCCUCCUAGGAAUAGUGGCCAUGUUGGUGUCCGACUGGAACCAGCUCUUGGUUGGUGGCUUCUUUCAAGGCUACAAUGCCAUAACGUGGAUGGUCAUUCUACUACAGACAUUUGGUGGCUUGGUCGUGUCGCUGGCUGUGCGCUAUGCCGACAGCAUUCUCAAGGGAUUUGCGACGUCCAUCUCCAUAGUGCUGUCGACGUUAUGCUCAUAUUACCUGUUGGGAGACCUUCUGCCCACUCGAAAUUUUUUCCUUGGAGCUGGCAUUGUCAUCACUGCAACGUCACUUUAUGGCAUACCACUCUUCAAAUAGUAUUACUUGCCUACUUGGUGUCGUGAAGCUUCAGUCAAGUCGGAAGAGCCAAAAGGACAUUUUGCUCUCUUUGCUUCAGCCCAACACUGAAAAGGACAUCAUCUAUCUACUACACAAAACAGCUCUACAGGCUGAAAUGUAUUUAUUACGCGAGAAUCUUGCUGCUUUUUUGCAGUCAAAGAAUAUUGCCCCACACUUCGUCAGCAGAAUUUUGGUGUUUUUCCAUUACCAGCAGUUUAUGUACAGUGUGUAAUAUAGUGAGCUUGUCAAAUCUUCUUUCAUGAACCUCUAGUGUUGUGCAAUCAUCAUUGUCCUGUCACCGAUGUGACUGAAAAGAAUUUGCAGUUGCCUUGGCUGAUUGCAACCUUGAAUGAGGAGUUGUUUCAAAUGCAAAGGGCAUUAACUGUGCAUAAGAAAGAGUCAAGUAGCGCAGGUGCUGUUGCCGAAACUGCUUUUCAACCAUCAAGCCUAUGGGCUCAAAUGUGUAUACUUAUGCCACAGAAAGAGAAAAAAAAGCAAAAACAAAAUUUACUAAAGCAAAUAAAGCAAAGGCUAGGUAUCUGCCAGUUUUGUUUUUCUUUUUUUUUUUCAAAUAUGAAACCAGCUUAUACAGACUGUCAUUUCUACUGUAAAAUGUUUUUUUUUUCUAGUUUACUGAUGAGUAAUAAUUGUUGGGG